AUGUCUGCCAGUAUUUUCGUCCAAGGAUCUGUUGAGGCGCAGGUAUGCCCCAAUUCAAAGUGCUACUCAAGUUUGGGGUUUCUUGAUUCACCCAUUAUCCAAGAUCUCGCUUCAUACAUUUCAAAGUUGAAGGGCGAAGAUGGUGAAGAGAACGCUGCAUAUGUUCAAGAGAUCGCAAAGCUCUUGUCAGCAAAGAACAACGACAUCUACGUUAAGCUCGCAAAGGACGGCUCCCUUUUCUUGACUGAGAACGACCGAGAGGUUGAAGGUGCCUUUAACUUGUUGAUCGUUGUUGCACUGAACUCUGUGGAUCAAGCAGCAACCGUCAAGGCCUUGAUCGAUACUUUGACCCAGACCGAAAGCAGCAAGACGAGCUUGAAGCAGAAAAUCUUGCUUAACUUGUAUAACGCAUUGCCCAACGACUCGACGCUCCGCUACCAUGCAUUCUUGGGAUUAGUAGACGUUACAGCCCAGGCAGACGAAUUAGAUUCUCUGUACAGCCAAUUGGAACACAUCGACAAAUGGAUAAAACAGUGGGGUAUUGACAAGGAAACUGAGCGACAAUUGUAUAGCCAUUUGAGCGAAAAGUUGAAGCAGGCAGGCGAAGAAAAGCUGUCGUUCGACUUUUCGUUAAAGAAGCUCGCCACCUACGACGAUGCCACAUUCGACUCAUCCGUCGAAACCUUCGCCAAGGACUUGGUUUUGCAAGCCAUUUCGAUCGAAAACUGGUUCGCAUUUGAAGAAUUGUUCCAACACUCUGUUGUGCAAAAGAUUAAGGGCUCUCCCGAAUAUGAACUUCUCGACGUGUUUCUGAACGGCUCGCUUUCGACAUACAAGACUUUUGCAUCCUCGCACGCCGAUUUGUUGAAGCGCACGAACGAAGAAAACAACAUUACCAAAAUCCGAUUGCUUGCAUUGGCAUCGUUGGGCUGUGAAAACUUGUCUCGCGAACUUAGCUAUGCUGAGAUUGCAAAGGCUUUGGAGAUUCCCGAGGAAGAGGUUGAAAUGUGGGUUAUUGAUGUGAUUCGGGCUGGUUUGGCCGAAGCUAAGCUUGACCAAUUGAACAAGACUGUCAUGGUUCAUCGAAGCAUCUAUCGGGUAUUUGGCAAGGAGCAGUGGCAACAAUUGAGCUCAAGACUCAGCACCUGGAAGGAAAGUCUCAAUGAAAUCAUGGCUGUUAUUGGUAACGCAAAACUUAUUGCUGGUGGUGCACUGCAAGGCGGUGCUGCUGCCGUGGUGGUUGAGGACAAGACCCAGGUUGAAGUUACUGUUUCUACUUCCAACUAAAGAAAAAUGAAAGAUAAUCAUAACAACUUCAUUGUUUGCUAGCACCCUCCACACGCACAACACACAUUACAUACAUCCUUGUUUUUUUCUUCUUCUCCUACUUGUAUCCCCUCUUUUUUUUUGUCAUAUUGUUUGUUGUUUCAUGAAUGAAAGUUAAAAAAGAUAAACUUGUAUUAUCACCUCCACCAUCAACAAUACAAACCUAUCACUCUGUAGCUGCAUCAGCACGCUUGACAGUUCUGUAUGAAUUAUUCAUCACUCCUCGGUAAUUCCAUAUCGGAAACUCUUGUUGAAUAUUACCGGCAGAAUCAACUAAAAUCAU